AUGGAAGGAGUAUCAACAAAAUCGUCGCUUGUCACGGAUUUUUGGAGAAAGAUGCGAAACGUUGACGAGAGAGACGGUAAAGGACUCCCGAGACCAGUUCUCUUUGGAAUAGGAGGAUCAAAAACAGUUUCGGACAAGAUUCGAAAAACGAUGAAUUCCUCGUUGGUUUCCUUUCUCGCUCUUCUCGUCAUCCUAGCCACGGUUUCGGCUCAAUUUGGUGACUUUGAAGGAUAUGGGCCAAUCCGAGCGAGACGUGCCACCUAUACCUACAAUGGAGUUUCAGCAACUUAUCCCUACUAUCGAAACGGAGCCACUUUCUCCUCGCCAACCAAUGGCUACAACAACAAUGGACAGUACUACUACAAUGCAGCUAACACCAACACUUUCACUUCGGGCGGUAACACUUUCCGAUGCUCUGGUGGAUACACAUACAACGGCGCCUUCUAUCCGUACUGCUCCGGA